UUCAGCAAAUUCUUGCCGUCACUCGCUGAAAGAACCACACUACUGAGGGGCCUGAUCAAAAAGGACCGAAUCUUCGAAUGGACAGAUAACCACAAUCAGGAAUGGAAGCAGCUAUGCGACAGUUUGAGCAAAGAACCUUUGCUAUCUAUCUUUGAUCCUCAGAGAAAAACCAAAGUGUCGUGCGACGCAUCACGGAAUGGGGUUGGAUCAGCUUUGCUGCAAUACCACAAUAACGCGUGGAAGCCGGUCGCGUACGCGUCACGAGCGCUCAGCGAAACUGAGCAACGGUAUUCACAAAUUGAAAAAGAGACGUUAGCAUUGCUGUACGGCUGCGAAAGAUUUCAUCACUUUAUCUACGGCCGCAAUGUCAUUGCAGAGACCGAUCAUCGGCCCUUGAUUACCAUUGCUCGGAAACCAAUAGGCGAUAUGCCGCCAAGGCUACAGCGUUUCUUCCUCCGUUUGCUGCGUUAUGACCUUGACUUGCAAUUCAUUCCAGGGAAGCAGCUCGUCCUGGCCGACAUGCUCUCGAGAGCCACAAGCAGGCAAGCGGGUGACACCGACAGCGACGAUGUAGAAGUCCACGCGGACGACACCGAUGGAGGGUGCGCCUUCACCUGCCGAGGUGUUACAAGGAAGGCGACUGCGAACGACGCUGCCGGAUGUCCGUUCCGUUCCAGAAUUUCCGGUCCGAAAGCAUCGCCAGAGCAACGCCUGCAGGAGGACCCUAGCGCCGCUGGGAGCAGGCGACACCGUUCGAGUUAAAGGGGGGUCAUGGUCGACCAAAGCACGAGUCCUCGAGCCAUGCAAUACUCCCAGGUCAUACCAUGUCGUCACAGAGGAAGGAAGGGUCCUC